AUGUUUCCUUCCGAAGUAAUAUGGCAAUGUGUAAAAAGAAAUAGCUCUUUUAUCUACAAAAGUAGUGGCUUUACCUUUACAUGUGAACCAUACAAUAUAACAGCAAUAAACUCCUUAAAGUAUUCAGGAUUGGCAAAUAGAAAUGCAUUAGGACUUGAUGUGAAGGUAAAUCCAAAUAACCAAUUAAUAAAGAAGGUUCAAAUAACCAAGAAAAAGACUGGUACAUGCAGUACUAGAAGAAGACCUAAUAGGUUAGUUACUACAAUUAAAUUGUCAACUGAUCCUAGACAAGUUAAAGAGAAGAUUGAAAAUGCAUUUAGCCAUCGUAGAGAUUUAGUUAAAACUGCCAAACAGAAAUACAAGAAGAUCUUAGGGAUAAAGUGCUAG